AUGAAGUUCCUCAUGCCAGCCACCCUCAUCCUGCUCCUCCUGUGCCCCCCAGGCACAGGGGUGCGUGGUUACACCUCUGUCUUCUCUGUGCCCAACGGAGGCCACUGGGGCAAGUGGGGCAGCCAGCAGUUCUGCCACCAUGGCUAUGCCAAUGGAUUUGCACUGAAGGUGGAGCCUGACCAGUUUGGAAGUGAUGACACAGCUCUGAAUGGCAUAUGCCUGCAUUGCCAGGAUGACUCAAUAACCACUGAGUCCUUGGUGGGGGAGUGGGGUUCCAGGACCAGCUUCCAAGUUUGCUCUGGAGGCUACCUGAUCUCCUUUUCACUGAGAACAGGGAAGUCCCAAAGAGCAGGUGAUGACACAGCAGCCAAUAACAUCCAGUUCAGAUGCUCAGACGAGCUGGUUGGUGAUGGACUCUCGUGGGGCAGCUUUGGCCCGUGGACCAACAGCUUUAAGAUAUGUGGUCUCCAGACCAAGGUAGAGCCCCCACAGGGACUUCAGGAUGACACAGCACUCAAUGAAGUUCUUCUGCUGAAAAUGAGCACUUGCUCCAUAUCCCAUAUCCCACAGCAAGUGAAGUAUCAGUAA